GGCCGCUAGACCACGAUAGCCCUCUGUGGACAGCUUUAUCUCGGCCCCGACGGCGUGGCUGCGUCUCAAAUCCGAGCUACACACUCUUCAUAGAGUGCACCAGCCCAUCAAGGCUUCAAAUCGCACGGCUAUUGGCUGCGUAGGCUUAAAUAGCUCGCAGAGCAUUCCUUUGUCCACAGCCCAUUUUGGCCCCCAGCGCGGGCAUCAGUGGACAAGACGUUUGGCAAAGACUGCCGCAGCACCGUACUGCCGCGUAAGAUCGCGCGCGGCGAGCUAUGGCGUCCCUGUCGUCCGCCAUCGACGUCGACGCCGUCGAGGAGCCGGCCCAGGUCUCGCCCGACGACUCGCCGCGCAUCGUGGCCGGCACGGGCAAGGCCGACGCGCCUCUAGAACUCGCCUCGUCGGACUCGGAGGACGACGACACCCGCGCGAAACGCCGACGCACCGACGACGUCGAGGCGGCGCGCGGCGGCGGCACCUGUGCUAUAUGUUUGUGCGACGUCGACGCGGCGGACGGCGUCAAGCUGAGGGCGUGCGGUCACGAGGUGCACCGGGAAUGCGCCAAGAGGUUAGUCGAUGCCUCCGACCGCGACGGUUGUUUGUGUCCCGAGAGCGGGUGCCGCACACCACUAGCGUUAGUCGACAUCCGCGCGAUAGCGGGCCCGCGCGCGGCGGACCGAGCGGCGCGCCUCUCACUCGACAAAGCGGUCGACGCGGUGCCGGAUCUCUACCGGUGCCCGGCGCCCGACUGCGGCUUCGUCGUGUCGUGGACGCCGGCCGACGGCCCACCUAGAUUAAAUUGCGGACGCUGCGGGUUGGUGAGUUGUCUCGCCUGCGGCAAGCCGUGGCACUCGGGGCCCUGCGAUACGCGCGGAGACAUGGACGAGGCGUCGCGACAGUAUCUGAGGGACGCGGGCGUGCGGCGGUGCGAGCGGUGCGGCGCGGGCGUCGUCAAAGCGAGCGGUUGCGAUAAAAUGAAAUGUCGCUGCGGCUACCAGUUCUGUUAUCAAUGCGGAGCUAAAGACGCGAAGUGCGGAUGCACACCGUCACAUCACGUAUUCUAUGACAACGUGAAAGAGCGGCCGGACGGCCCGGACUUCGCCGCGUUCAUGAGGCGUUUCGGCGGACGCUUCGGUGGGGGCGGCGGCGGCGGCUUCAAACGUCGCCGCGGACCCUUCGGGUGA